UACCUCCAUCAAGAUAUGAACUCAAUGCUCAUGAUUCAUACACAAUCUGUCGAUUUCAGAUAUAUCCGAUAUAGGCUUAUUGAAACGUGCAUUCAUAAAGUCUCCCACGUUUCCUUAUAGUCUAGCUGCCGUAUCGCAAUACACCAUUGUCGACCUCCCAGAGAAAGAUCAAAGCUAGAAAAUCGACUCAAGAUAAAGUAGCAACAAUCAUGGUGGGUCGCUUGAAGGAAAAAGUCAACUCCUUCUUCAGCAACAGAUGGCUGGUGUUCGUGGCGUCAAUGUGGGUUCAGACUUGCGCCGGGAUUGGGUAUCUGUUCGGGAGCAUUUCGCCCAUUAUCAAGAGCACUAUGGGCUACAAUCAGAAGCAGUUAUCCAGUCUGGGUGUGGCUAAGGACUUGGGGGACAGUGUCGGGUUCUUGGCCGGAACUUUGUCUGAGAUCUUGCCGCUCUGGGCUGUUCUUCUUGUUGGUGUUGCCCAGAAUUUUGUUGGGUAUGGUUGGGUUUGGCUCAUCAUCACCGGCCGACUUCCUGCCUUGCCAAUAUGGGCUAUGUGUGUUCUCAUAUUUGUGGGAACAAAUGGUGAGACCUAUUUUAAUACUGCGGCUCUUGUCUCAGGGGUGCAAAAUUUCCCCAAAAGCCGUGGUCCUGUGGUGGGAAUACUCAAGGGUUUUGCAGGACUGAGUGGUGCUAUUUUGACACAAAUAUAUACGCUAAUCCAUUCUCCGGAUCAUGCCUCGCUUGUAUUUAUGAUUGCAGUUGGACCGGCAAUAGUCAUAAUUUCGCUCAUGUUUUUGAUCAGGCCUGUUGGAGGUCACAGACAGAUCCGAAGUACUGAUGGGUUGAGUUUCACAUUCAUUUACAGUGUGUGUCUCCUUCUGGCUGCAUACUUGAUGGGUGUAAUGCUUGUUGAAGAUCUAGUAAAUGUCAGCAAUACAAAUGUAAUGAUUUUCACCAUCGUUUUGUUUGUUCUUCUAUUGGUUCCCAUUGUGAUCCCAAUCUUCGUGACUUGUAACCAAGAACCAAGUGUUCCAGCCGGAGCCGAAGAGCCACUUCUCCCAGAGGCACCAAAACAAGAUCCUGGCAAUUCUGAACAGGAUGUGACACAAGAGAUUAUAUUCAGUGAGCUUGAAGACGAGAAACCCAAGGAAGUAGACUUGCUUCCAGCUUCAGAAAGGCAUAGAAGAAUAGCUCAGCUGCAGGCGAAACUAGCGCAAGCAGCAGCAGAAGGAGCAGUAAGGAUCAAAAGGAGGAGAGGUCCUCAUAGAGGGGAGGACUUUACCCUUAUGCAGGCUUUGAUCAAGGCCGAUUUCUGGAUUAUAUUCUUCUCUCUUCUUUUCGGGUCUGGAUCUGGUUUAACAGUUAUUGAUAACUUGGGUCAAAUGAGCGAAUCUUUAGGGUACGACAACGCACACGUUUUUGUUUCUAUGAUCAGCAUAUGGAACUUCCUUGGCCGUGUUGGGGGUGGCUUCUUUUCUGAGAUAAUUGUCAGGGAUUAUGCUUAUCCAAGGCAUGCAUCCAUGGCUAUUGCCCAAGUUAUAAUGGCGGUUGGGCAUUUCUUCUUUGCAAUGGGUUGGCCCGGGGCAAUGUAUGUUGGCACUCUUUUGGUUGGGGUCGGUUAUGGAGCUCAUUGGGCAAUCGUGCCUGCUGCUGCCUCCGAAUUGUUUGGAUUAAGAAACUUCGGUGCCUUGUACAAUUUCCUCACUCUAGCCAACCCCGCAGGCUCAUUAGUCUUCUCAGGUCUCAUUGCUAGCAGUAUAUACGACAGAGAAGCCGAAAAGCAGGCCCAAGCAACUCCUCACAACACCCAAACAAAUUUGGGAUCGGUCCUGUCAACUCUUCUCACUGCUGAUGAAACGCUCAAGUGCACUGGCUCUAUUUGCUACUUCUUGACUUCCCUCUUAAUGUGUGGCCUCUGCAUCGUUGCAGCUAUUCUCAGCAUGCUUCUUGUAUACCGAACAAAGUCUGUCUACUCUCAGCUCUAUGGAAAAUCCCGCACAUAACUCAUCCUUCCAGGUGAUGAAGAAGCGGUGUUUUUGUGCUUCUUGCAAGAUUCAAGAUUCUUCUUACUAGACCUUUAAAAUCAUCACGUGGAGUUCACGAGAAAGAGCAUCAGCUUAAUACCACUCCGGGAGAUGACACGAUUGCAUUUUUGCUGCUGGAGGCUCUCUUAAAGGUUUGAGUGCAAGAGCUUUGUUAGUUGGUGUGUGUUCUUUUAUAUAGUGUUCUUUGUGCUGUGAGGUCAAGUCUGAAAUUGUUGAGUGAAAUAUGUGGUUCAGUUGCAGUUGUAUUGCACUAGUUUUUUGUUUGCUUCUCAAUGACAUUAAAAUGUUGUACCAUGGUAAUUUAAGAAAAGUAUUUGUACCA